CCAACAAACGGACAGGCAAAGCGUCAACAAGAAGACGAAAAAGUGCGAAAUAUAUCUAUGUCGAUAUACUCAGACAUUUUUGGAUAUUCCAAGAAAAAAACUGAUCUUCUUUAAAGUCUGAUGACACUCACAGAAAUUUGAGGAUACGCAGUCGAUCCUCGCUGAAACAUUAACCGUACAAGUCACGCGCUGUGCUUACGAACGCCUACCUACUCUUAAGGUGGAAGAGCGAUCGCCGACCAAGAUCAGGAUUAUAAAACGAGAAUAAGACCACUGUAACACACCUUGUCUUACUCUAUAGGGCACCCCGCAAGCCAUGGGUGGAGUCAAAUUGGGGAGUUUUCUCGCGGUAUCCUUAGUUUUAAUGACACUGACAGCCGCUCACGAUGAAUUACAUGGAAAUAGAAAAAAGAGUACGAGUGGAGACAGCACGCCAUCUAAUGGUGUAGGGACAGACUACCAGCCCGGCAGCCUACUGGCCAAUAUUCUGAAGUAUGCAAGAGUUGAGAACAGAGUUGAAAAACGAACACUACUUGACCCCUUGUCCACGGAUUAUAUUAACACAGUUAUAAGGACGCUAGGUAGCAGACUGGCCACUGUGAACGCCACUUUCGCCACGUUAAGAAGAGAGAGCGAGGUGCUGGCCCAGGACACUGCUGCACGUCUUCUUGGUGAGCAUUUCGUCAAACUGAACGAUGAUCUUCAACAGGUAAAAGAUGUCGCUGAUUUCAUGACGUUGGACCUGUGGACCCUCUUGAGCAAGUUGAUAUGGGCCGGAGUCGGGUCGGGCUGGAGACGUUGUUCACAAUUUGACCAAGCUGUCAAAAAUUAUGAUCUCGAAGCAGACGAUAGUGGCGACGUUGCCCGGGGUUUAUCAGCGUCUCUACUGGCCGAUCUUUCCUGUAUGCACGGGAAAGUGACUUUGUUUAAGAACGCAGUCUUCAAUACAACAAGCACCGUAGGUGAGCAUCGAUAA